UUGAUUAUUGAUCAUCUUUUGUUAUCGUUAUCUAUUUUUCUUCACACGGUACCACGGUUGGUUGGUUGCAGAGAGAAGCAGGCAGAGAGACGUAGGCCUAGUCUUCGUAUUUUUAUUAAUGUCAGGAAGAAUAUAAGUAUGUGAACACAGAAUCUACCAGAAUAUUUUCGCAGUUUAUCAAUUUACUUGCCCUUGAUCUGGUCAUGACAUUUGAAUGCAGUAACCAUGAGCUCUACUUGGAAAGGUAGCUACCUCUGCCCUAGAUUGCUAGAUUAUUUAGUCAUAGUUGGUGCCAGACAUCCUAGUCGUAAUAAUGAAGUUGCACAAACACCAGAACUUUUGCGACGAUACCCAGCGGAAGAUCAUCGGGAUUUUCGUUUACCCCCAGAUGUUAUAUUUUUUUGCCAACCUGAGGGUUGUCUGACAGUGGGCCAGAAACGAAACAGCUUGCGUGAUAAUACCUCAUUUGUUUUUACUUUAACGGAUAAAGAUAGUGGUCGUAUGCGAUAUGGAAUUUGUCUCAAUUUCUAUAGACCAUUUAGGACAUCAGAACGCAAAUCAGCCGGUGGGAAACGAGAGAAAAUGCUUGCAAACAACCGGCAGAACUCAUCAAGUAGUAAUGAUACAUUGAGUCUCCCGCUUUCUGAUGACCAGGAGUUGAAACGAUCCCCUCGUACCAAACGGCGCAUCAAACAAUCUAAGAAAGUACGCAACAAUUCUCUGACAUCGCUAUGCAUCUUGAGUCAUCAUCCAUUUGUGUCAACGUUUAGAGAAUGUCUGUUUAUUUUGAAGCGUUUGAUUGAUGCCUGUCAUGACAGGAGCACAAGUCGAAAGCAUGGCGGCAAGAGUAAUUUAAGGGAUUCAAUUUGGGGUGUCUUGACUGGAAUCUGUAAUGAGAUUCCUGCUAUGGUUCGGCACGACAUCCGGGAAAUUGAAACUUGGAUCUUGCGGUUACUCAGCGCUCCUGUACCCGUGCCGGGGAAGACGAGAGUAGAGCUAGAUGUUUUACCAAACAACCUACAAUCUCCACUGACAUUUGCAUUGCCAGAUCAUACUCGAUUCUCAUUGGUCGAUUAUCCAUUGCAUCUACCACUGGAACUUCUUGGUGUUGAGACUUGUCUUAAGGUCUUAACACUUAUCAUUCUAGAAAAUAAGGUUAUUUUACAGUCAAGAGAUUACAACGCACUGUCAAUGAGUGUAUUAGCCUUUGUGAAUAUGAUUUACCCAAUGGAAUACAUGUUUCCAGUCAUACCACUACUACCGACAUGUAUGGGAUCUGCUGAACAGUUGUUACUUGCCCCCACGCCUUUUGUCAUUGGAAUUCCAGCUAGUUUCCUCCUUUACAAGAAUAACUUUGGCCUUCCUGAUGAUGUCUGGCUGAUCGAUCUAGAUUCUAAUAGGAUUGUGCCACCUACUGACGAUAAUAUUUUACCAGACUUGCCAGAGCCGGAAGGUUCGACCCUGAGGGCGCAUUUAAAGCAGAUUGUAUCUACGGUCCAAACUGAGAAUGGGGCUUUGCAGAGUAUGAACAUGUCGCCUUCACCAACUGGAGAAAACUCUGACGACUUUCUUGACAACAUCAAUAGCAGCGCCCUCAUCUUUGGGACUGAUGUUGCCUCCGUUGAUGUGGCAACGAGGGUAGCUAUUGUCAAGUUCUUUAUGUCGCCGAAUGUGAUAGCCAAUCACAAUGAGCAUACACGUACAUUACGACUUCAUCCUAGGCCAGUUGUGGCCUUCCAAGUUAAAAACUUUCUGGAAUCUAGGCCAAAGAAAACAGAAUUUAUUGACAAGUUAGCCAGAACACAGGCUAUAGAAUAUUUUGGUGAGUCCUGUCUAAAACCGGUCAACGUUACAUAUCUCAGAAUCCAGACAGGUGUCUAUGAUCCGGCAAUCAUCGGCGACAAGUCAAGUUGGUACAGUCAUCAAUUAAUAGCCAACUUCUUUCGGGUCUACUCCGAGAAUUCCUCCCUGGCUACGGCGAUCCAGGGCAUGAUGGCGGCUGAUUCAGACUCCUCGAACCCCACGGACGAGAGUGGAGAGGACAGUGAUGGUGGCAGCACAAGUUCCUCUUAUUCCUCGUUGAAUGAUUUUGUAACCGACAUGAAAAAUAGUGACAUCAGAGGGGAUGCACCAGAGCAUCAAGAUGUCCUCCAGAGUGAAGUAAAUCAGCUUGAAGUAUACCACGCUCCUGAUUCACUCCAGGUGCCGUCAGAAAGCCAGGCCAGCGACUCUGCUUGCUCCGUACCAGACAGCGACUCAUCCAGUAGCCAAGAAGCGCCACCAUAUGAUUCUUCUGAUGAUGAAGCAGACGGGGAAGAUGAGGAGGAGAUAAAUUGGCGGCCAAAGAGACCAGUUGAAAUUAUUGAGCCGACUGGGAAUGAUACUGACGCCGAUAUUGACAGUCUGAAGUACGACUCGGACAACAACUCAGCGAGCACCGUGAAAUCUCGCACAGGUAUCGAAGUCAUCAAUGAGCAACCCGGCCAAGUAGACGAGGACAACAACAAGAUCCAGGUGCCAACUGAGGGCAGUGUCAAACGUGCGACACUUCGCCAACAAGGCAAGUCUCACUCUGUAGAUGUUGGACGUAAUGCUCAUGAACCAACGUCACCAUCAGUCCUCGAGAAGAUGACCGCGCUGUUUAGGUCCGAAUCAAGCGAUUCCUCUAACCCUCCAUCGCCGGUGAAGUCGAAGAAAUCAUCCCUUUUCCAAGGGAUUAUGGAUUUUGCAAUGGACUCUGAGCGUGACCGUCCUAACUCACCAGCUUCAUCAAAUGGAGCUGACUUGACCUACACUCCGAGUGUAACCUCAGACCCUGGACCAUAUCGUAGCAGUAGCGGCGUUUCUAGCAUGAGUACUGGUUUAGGAAUCCCCACUCGCAAGAAAAAAACAACAAGCUCUCCUUUCCCUACUAAUACGCGCAAAUCACUUGUCGAAAGAUCACCACUAAUAAAACACUCAUCUACCAAGAAACCUAAUGAGAAAGAGAAGAAAAAACUGAACACAGCCAACGAUGAACGACCAAACAGUGACAGUCAGCUGUUCCUAAAGGAGAUCACUAGAGGUGUUUUAGAAGGAAACAACGUUGGCUGGUUCAAUUUCUCUCGUCUGAAGAAAUUGAUGCAGAAUGAGAAUCUCAGAGCCCAAGUGAUCAGUCAACUGUACCCUCAGGAGAAUACAGUCACAGAAGACUUCAUUGAAGAUACCAAAGUAACCAAGCCAGUAUACAAAGGGGUUGUGUCGGUGCUGAAGGCAAUCAUUGCAGGCCUGGAACACUCCUAUGACGUGCAUGCGGCUGGUGGCGUAGCGAGUGCGUUCGCUCUACUAGAGAUCGCCCACACUCACUACUUUGGUAAGGAGCCUGUUAAAGUCAGCAAGGUGAAGGACACAAAGCAUGCUGGGAUAGUUGAUGGUUCAGAUAGAGACAAGUCCUGGUAUGGGUACAGUGGUGGUUAUCGUAAACGUCUUGGUGGUGGGGCUAUAAAUACACAUAGUCUGAAUGAGGACAACUUUAUUGCGGCCAUAGAGAGUUGGCAACGCGGAAGAACACCCAGCAAUCAGACUGAGAAUCUUGAAGCUGUUGGCAGAGAAGACAGCGGUAAUAACAGUUCAUACGAGAUGAUCGAUGAAGGUGAAGCCUCGAUUGGUAGCACAACAGGAGCGGGAGUCUUCGGCGCUGUGGGAAUUGCGGCGGGAAUUGCCGUAACCGCCUUUGAAGGGUUGAUGCGACUUGGAGGUGCAAUGGGUAGUAAAAUAGAUAUUACACCACUUACCGGAAACCCAAAGGAGAAUGCUGGUGACACGGUAGCAACAACUGAAGAUGGAGUUGCAGAGCAACCUCCCAAAAGUCGUCGGAAACGCUCAUUGAGCAUGGACUCCGAGGGCUCUGAAAACAGCACGUUAGUUAGUAACACCAGCUCAGAGACGAUGGGUAAUGAUGACAGUGAUUUAAGUUACAACGAUGGGGAUGGACGGUCACAUAACAGGUCCAGAAUUAAUCAUCAGUCUAUAAGACCAGUAUCCGACAGCGAGAUUGAACUUAACCGGGAUGUGAGUUUAGCAGUCAAUAGACCAAACCCAAUUAGCACAUUAACAGCUAAAAGUUGCUUCAGUGCAGGAUUCAGGUAUCACAAGAACAAGAUGAUUUCUACUGACUCUGACAACACUGAAGGAAUUCUCAGGCAUUACGUCUUUGAAGCACUAAUAGGUAAGGAUAGGUCUGCUUUGUGGGAUCAUUUGGAAUUCUGGGAGGAUGCGUACCUGGAUGCGGUUGCCGCGGAGAGAGAUGCAGUUGGCAUGGACCAAGGCCCAGCAGAGAUGAUUCACCGAUAUGAAUCGUUGGGACAAACCGAUAAGAAACGACUGGAGGAAGAUGAGGAUAAGCUGUUAUCUGACACCUUGUACAACAUGAUAGCUUUUAUGGUAAUGCUGAAGGUACCGAAGCCAGAUGUGAAAAAGAAAGUCCGUCGUCUGCUUGGCAAGUCACAUAUCGGACUCAAGCAUAGUGCUGCUGUUAAUAAUCUUCUGGAUCAUAUCAAUAACCUUCAUGGUAACGAUAUUGAUCUAAAACCUUCGGGUAGCCGGCAGAUGCGGAAACAUUCGUUCGUUGUACACGCUGGGAGCGACAACAAAGGAGACGUUCUCUUCAUGGAGGUGUGUGAUGAUUGUGUAAUUAUCCGAAGCGGCAAUGGUGCGAUCUGCGACCGCUGUUGGUACGAGCGACUGAUCAACAUGACAUUUUGUCCCAAAACUAAAGUACUCUGUCUUGGUAGGCAAGUUCACGGAGAGACCCGACUUGACAAGUUCUACACCAAGAAGUGCAAGGAGCUGUACAACUGCAUCAAAGAAAGUAUGGAGAAGGCAGCCAGUAAGCUAAAGAAUGGCAUGUCAGGAGAGCCUGAGCUCGGUGGGGAAUUUCCCAUUCAAGACUUGAAAACUGGAGAGGGUGGUCUACUUCAUGUGACGAUGGAAGGCAUCGGUCUCAAGUUCUCUCACUCCAAGGAUAAAGAGGCUUUUAUUGAGUUGAAGGACAUCAAAGAGUACAAGACAAAGAAUGAUGUGUUUAUUCUGCAUGAAUUUGAUUCUUCAAACAAGAACUUGAUAAAACGGCGAUUUAGAUCUUCAAUGGCAAGCGACAUCGGUUAUGCUAUGUUGUGCGUGUUCUCAUAUGUAGCUGCAGCAAAAAGCGGUGACGGUACAAAUCGCAAAGAGCAUGAAGCGAAAAUGGCCAUCACUAGGCUGGAGUACAUGAAGUCGCCAUAAUGGACAUGACCAUCUAUUCGGGGAAUGAAUCAUGACCAUGUAAUCACAGGAGUGGACUAGGCCAUGUAUUUGCCUUUGUGUACCAUGACUGCUAUCACCAUAGUAGAAAAUUGCCAUGUAAUCACAAUAAUGACUUAUGUAAUUUCCAUAAUGUGCCAUGAUCAUAUUGUUGCCAUAGUGGACUAGGGCCAUGUAAAAUACCAUACUGGUUCAUGACCAUGUCCAUAGUGGACCAUGGCUGUGUAACUACCGCAGUGGUCCAUUGGAUUAUUAUAGUGGACUUCGAUCAAACAAUUACCAUGUAGAAUAUCAUAGUGGACCAUGGCCAUGUAAUUACCAUAGGGGGCCAUGGCCAUACAAUUACCAUAGUGGACCAUGACAAAGGCUAAAGACCACAGAAAAAACAUUUCUCCAAUACAAUAGAAUAUAGAUGCAUGUCAAAAUGGGUUUUUCGGUUUGCUUCUCCAUCAUUUGAAUCACAUGACUAACUACCAAUAGUUAUGUGCUUAUUACACUGCGAAGCUGAUAUGGAACAAGAAAUACAGAGGCUUGUAGCAAGUACUGUUGUAUAUUCUAUCUUCAAUCCAUAUUAUUCAAAGUAAUUUACCUCAAGUAAAGUAAUUAUUUCUUUUAAACUAUGCUACAUAUCUUUACUUGCAUAAUAUUUAACAGAUAACAAAGCAAAUUAUAGCAGAUGAGAAAAUUAGCUGAAAUGGUACUGCAUUAUGGUGUCAAAAUUAGGCUGGAUUAGUGAUUCAAAAACAUGCAGUGUAAAACAACAACAACCUCCUCUGUUGGUCUGAGUGACCAUAUGAUGUAUCUAAAUGAGACUGGUGCAUUAGAUAUUGUUGAAAUAUUAUAUUUUGAAAUUGAUUUUUAUUGAGUGAUCAAAAAGUAUUUGUAAUACAUGUGAGUGUGUAAUGGUAUAAAAUACAUGAUAAGUUAUAUAUUGGUAAUUGCUGUUGACUUGAUGAAUAAUAACAUCAUUAAUAAUGUGCAAUCAGGCAUAGAAGUAAUGCAAUGUUUUCUAUUGAUCAGCAGUUUUGGGUGGGGUGUAAGGUUUGGUGGGGAGUAGGGCUUGGAAACAUCUGGGAUUUGAGAGAAUGGGAGAGGUAAUUGGUUAAGUCAAAAUAUGGGGGAACCAUAUUGAGUUUGUGGUGUUAUUCCCAUAUUGGUGUAAUCUAAUAUUUAGUAUACUAUUCUUUUGUCAGAUGCAGAUUCCAGAUUUGAAGGAUUGAUAUAUCAGACAAACAUUAGCAUUCCCAGCCAACAAACAAAUAGUUAUUCCAGUAAUUCCGUAUAAUGUAAAUGGUGCAAUGGCAAGUAUGUUCUAGUGGUGGUGGAACAAUUGUAAAGAAUCUCUAUCCUAACCUUCACUCCACACUUUCAUUGAAAGUCUUUCAAAUUUCAACCAUUCCAAAAUAAAUUGUGGCAUAAUGUAAAUGAUAAUAGUAACGAUAAUUAUAAUAUGGCAGUGUAGCAGAAGAAAGCACAUGGCAAAAUGGCCUCAUACACUUCACCAAAAAUUGCGUUGAAAUUAACUAUGGAAUACAAGACCUUCGGAUUUCCCACACCUUGCAGUAAUUGGCUCAAAACCUUUUUGCAAGUGAAUUAAUGCAACAUAAACAGAAAGAAGAAGAAAUAUACUGUACAUGAAUAUAUAAUCACAGGCUGAACACUGCAUGGUUUCCAGCAAUUUGUGGCUAUUAUUGUUGUUAAUUUAACUUCAGUUUUCAUAAUAUCCCUGAAACAUCUUCCCAACGAAGAUUAAACUGUGUUUAGGUUUCUAAAAAUACUACCCAAGCCACUGCAAUUAAUUUAAUUCAUCUAAUGUAUUCAAAAGUUUACCUAUGUAUUCGAUUUCCCCAAAAUUUAUUUUGUGCAAUAUCUCAUAGUAAAUACCUUCAGAAUUUAUUUAAUAGUAAUUUAUGAAUGAUUCUGAAUAAUUUCAUCAUUCUGUUCCACAUGAUGUAUAGAAUACAUAAAUAACUUAUUUAGAUAUUUAUGAUGUUAGAAAUGAUGGGUAUAUUUAAAUGCUUCAGUAUUUUGAAAGAAGUGAUACGAAAAACGAAAGCAAAUAAUAUGACAACUAUUGUAAAGAUAUGGAAACAAGGAAUAUAAUAUAAUAUACUCCUUGGUGAAACUUGUAAGAUCUGUAAGAAAAAAAAAUGAUUUAAUUAUAAUUUAUGUAACUGGAGAUAAUAUUGAUAUUUGUAUUAGAAGUACUUUAUUUUUUACUUUGUUAACAUUCAGUUGAUGUAAAAAUAGCACUGACUUACAUGUAGUAUUUUUUUCAGUGGUUAAAAAUUAAUUUUAUUUUUAGUUAUGAACUAAUUUGUAGACGAGAUGCCAUAUUUAUGGAACAAUUUUUUUUAAAAUUUAUUAAGUUGUUUAUGUUCUAUUAUGUUCAUCUAUGAUACUUCAUUUGAUAGUAUAUUAUAUUAGAGUUGCUCUGUUUUAGAUAAUUAUGCUAAUAUUGAUAUGUAAAUAAAUUGAACCUAUGCGUAGACAAAAAA